ACCAGAGUUCCAGCAACAAGUACUCCUCCCAGGCAGGCGACGACGAGGAGCGUGAGGACGUCGAGCCCCGGUGCUCAUUCUGCGAUGCGCCUUUCCCUAAUAUCGAUGUGCUCGACCGCCACCUGAUCCAAGCGCACGCGCAGCCAGCCGGCGCGUUCCACUGCGAGCUGUGUAACCGAGCAUACAGCUCGCGAGCGCUGCUGCUUCGGCACCGCGCGCUCGCGCACACUGACAUCAGGAAAUACCCAUGCGAGAACUGCCCUAAGCGCCACAUUCGCGCGCAGCACGUCGGCGCCCGCAGCCACGCGUGUCCCGAGUGCGGGAAGACCUUCGCCACCUCCUCCGGCCUGAAGCAGCACACGCAUAUCCACUCCAGCGUCAAGCCUUUCCAGUGCAAGGUCUGCUUCAAGUCGUACACCCAGUUUUCAAACCUGUGCCGGCACAAGCGGAUGCACGUCGCCUGCCGAGCUCUGGUCGAGUGCGGCAAAUGCGGACAAUCCUUUACGUCCUACGCUUCGCUGACUAAACACAAGCGGUUCUGCGAAACUGCUGCAGCAGCAUCAGUAAAUCUGCGAGGACAAAUGCCUCAAGGACUUCCCCAGAUACCGCCGCUGCCAAACGUGGCAAUGAAUAAUCACAACAACGCUAACCCGUUCCCCUUGUACAGGGGACCGCAGCUACCGCUCCCUUACAACACAUUCGCACACUACCCAGCUCUAUUCUCGGCUGCUGCUGCCGCUUGUCAGCCAGAUCUAUUCAACCCUCUUUUAUUCAAUGUCCAAGGCGCACGCUUGGCCAUGGAACACGAUAUUGCUCUCUCAAACGCUAAUAUGGCAUCCAAACAACAAGAAGGACGUAUGUCCGUAAAAAGUAUCGACAGCUCAAAUUCUCUUGAUGAAACCAAGAAAAGCAAGGACAUGGAGUUUGAUACCACAAGGAUUAAUGAAAACUCGGACAGGAUUACACCAAAACCACGACCAGCAUAUACUAAACAAUCUCCCGAUUCAACUGAUGAUUUAUCACAACACCGGCCAUCACCUGUGAUGUCCGUACCAACCCCGAUUGUACCAUUCAAUUUCACAAGGGAUGAAAUGAAGCGAAAAUCACCUUUCAAUUUCUCACUGAAACUUAACAACAAUGCUGUUCAGAGGAACAAAUCAGUAUCUCCAUCUCUUCCUAAAGAUCUAUCCAAGAACAUUCACAAUGAUGAUAAGAACUCUGAAUAUUCAGAUGUAGAAGAAGAUACCAAGAAGGAUCAAGGUGAUCAGCCUUUGGACUUGUCAGUAUCACGCAAAAGUGACAAAGAAUCUGAAGCUGAUAAUGAUGAUCGUUCCUUUCGCAACUCUUCGGUUAAAUCAUAUUCGCCACCAGAGAGCCCGAUCGAGCGUAGCAAGACUCCAGAAAAUGACACCACAGACGUAGACGUUGAAGGCGUAGAGCCGAAGCGUGAAGAUUCUCCGUUAGUGUCACCCCCUCUUGCAUUCCCAAUGCCCGUCCAUCCACAGCACAACAACAUAAUCGAUGCCAUGUAUCGGCCACGAUUUCCGUCCUUUCACUCGUCAGAGAUUCUGAACUCAUCCCACUCGCCGUACGUUCCGAGCCCGUUCAAUUUUUUAUCCCCACUUCUUGGCACCGAUGGGCCGGACCGGCAAACGAACGCUUACGCCAAAUUCCGUGAGCUCAGCACCGGAUCUGGGAAGCUACGAGACCGCUACGCCUGCAAAUUCUGCGGGAAGGUGUUCCCCCGAAGUGCGAACUUGACCCGGCACCUCAGGACCCAUACCGGCGAGCAGCCUUACAAAUGUAAGUAUUGCGAGCGCUCCUUCUCCAUUUCGUCCAAUUUACAGCGACACGUACGGAACAUCCAUAAUAAGGAGAGGCCUUUUCGAUGUCCAUUGUGCGAUAGGUGUUUCGGGCAGCAGACGAACCUCGACCGGCAUCUGAAGAAGCACGAGGCGGAGGGCGGGGAUUCCCCGAGUUCGGCGGAUACCGAGCGCGAGGAUGCGUACUUCGAUGAUAUCCGUUCGUUCAUGGGGAAGGUGACUUGUUCGCCCGGAGCGGGGACUCCCCCGGCGACGUCUCCUCACGGGCCGGCGCACGGCCACCGGCCGCCGCUGGCGAUCUCCACAUAGCCCCCGAUGUACCCGCUGCCCCCACCGCCGCUCUGGCCUCAGCCGUUCGAAUAGCGUCGAUUUGGUGCUGACUCGCUGCUUUUGGAACUUUGAAUGUGAGAAAAUUAUCUGAAGCAAAUUGCCUCGUCCCCAUCCCUAUUUCGUUGGGAGACGAACGCACCUAAAUUAUAUUUAUUUAUUCAGUUUCAAAGUUGCAAAAGCCGAGUCUAAUUUAGCGGGUUUACGAGUACGUAUAGUAACUCUCUAUCGUUGAAACUGAGAGCAAUAUUGUAAGUAGUAUUAUGCU